CCAGCCAAUAGCAUCCAGCUUAUGUCAGCAACUACAUAGAGCGCCGAUUUGAUCCGUUCUUCUCACCGAAGCUCAACAGAAAAGUUCCUAGACUGCCUUGCUGCCCCCAAAACAUCUUCACGAUUUCUUUGUUCCUGAUAUAUCCAUCCUCAUCGUCGCUGUUCCUGCAUCUUCUUUGCCGACAGUUGUCCGUUGAGGGGCGUGGAAUUCUACCAACUGCUGUCUCAAUUGGUGGUCUUUUGCCAGGUAUCUGAGCUUGUAUUAUUGUCAAUAUGCGCCUUCCGAAUGCCAUGCUAUCAAAGGGCGCCGCUUUCAUGAGGCGCCCCCAGACUGUAUACCGAUUAAAAGAUGCGGCCAGGCCUGCCGCCUCUGCCCUUGCCCGGUACUAUGCCUCUAAAUCAUUCCCCCCUCACACAAUUAUCAGCAUGCCCGCAUUGUCACCUACGAUGACUGCGGGAAACAUUGGAACGUGGCAGAAGAAGCCCGGCGACACCUUGGCGCCCGGUGAUGUUCUCGUGGAGAUUGAGACCGAUAAGGCACAAAUGGACUUUGAGUUCCAAGAGGAUGGUGUAUUGGCCAAGGUCUUGAAGGAUUCCGGUGAGAAGGAUAUUGCCGUUGGAAGCCCCAUCGCCGUUUUGGUUGAAGAAGGUACCGACAUUGCACCCUUUGAGUCAUUCACUUUGGAAGAUGCUGGCGGUGACAAGACUCCUGCUGCACCAAAGGAAGAAGCUAAGGAGGAGGCUCCCAAGCCUGCUCCUGAGACCCAGGACAAGCCUGAAGCUAUCGAGCCAGAGGUUACUGGCGAGCGACUCCAGCCGGCUCUUGACCGCGAACCCCAGAUCAGCCCAGCCGCCAAGGUGCUUGCUCUCGAGAAGGGCAUCCCUCUCAAGGCUCUUAAGGGUACUGGACGUAAUGGACAGAUCACCAAAGAAGAUGUUGAGAAGUACAAGCCCGCCACAACCGCCGCCGCUGCCGGUCCUUCUUACGAAGAUAUUCCUUUAACCUCCAUGCGGAAGACCAUUGCCACCAGACUGCAAAAGUCCACGCAGGAGAAUCCCCACUACUUCGUUUCCGCUACAUUGUCCGUCAGCAAGCUUAUUAAGCUUCGUCAGGCCCUCAAUGCCUCUGCUGACGGCAAGUACAAGCUUUCCGUCAAUGACUUCCUCAUUAAGGCCUGUGCGAUCGCUCUCCGCAAGGUUCCUGCUGUCAACUCCAGCUGGACCGAGGAGAAUGGUCAGGCCAUUAUCCGCCAAUACAACAACGUUGACAUCAGCGUCGCCGUCGCUACAUCCUCCGGUCUUAUUACUCCUAUUGUCAAGAAUGCUCACAACCUUGGUCUCUCAAGCAUCUCCAACACAGUCAAGGAUCUCGGUAAGCGCGCUCGUGAGAAUAAGCUCAAGCCCGAAGAAUACCAGGGUGGUACUUUCACCAUCAGUAACUUGGGCAUGAACGCCGCUGUUGAGCGAUUCACUGCUGUUAUCAACCCUCCUCAAGCCGCUAUCCUUGCCGUUGGUACUACCCGCAAGGUUGCCGUUCCUGUUGAGACCGAAGAAGGAACCUCUGUUGAGUGGGAUGACCAGAUUAUCGUCACUGCUAGCUUUGACCACCGAGUCAUUGAUGGUGCCGUUGGCGGAGAAUGGAUCAAGGAGUUGAAGAAGGUUGUUGAGAACCCAUUGGAACUCAUGUUGUAAUCUUUUCUUCUCUCUUGAUCCUGCAUGGAUAAAAAGGGAAGCUCGGUCAUAUAUUUCAUUUUGGAGGAUGUGCAAACCAUCUCACCGUGUUCUUCUUACCUGUACCAAAAUUAAUUUUCCUUUGUUCGUCAGCGUCGAAUGAUCUAUGAUUAGACUUUUAUCUUUUUAAUGCAAAAGCAUUUACAAUGACAAUACAUGCUUUUGAUUGGGAUAAAC